GAUUAGCGCGGCAUAGUUGAUUGCCUUCCAGAAUGUCAGCUGAUGCUGGAGCUGCAGAUGUUGCCAAUGGUGGGGCCCCCCAACCUCGCCCACAAAAUAAACGGCUUCAGCAAACACAAGCUCAGGUAGAUGAAGUUGUCGAUAUCAUGCGAGUGAAUAUGGAGAAAGUGCUGGAACGGGAUGCUAAGCUUAGCCAGUUGGAUGACAGAGCAGAGAGUGUGGUAGCCUGAUCUGCUGCGUUUGCAUGCAUUGGGAACUCAGUGGUCUCGAUGUAUAUUAAACAUGCAGUAUUUCCUCUUCAUAUAGACGUAACCGCUGUUUCUUAACAAAAGUGAAAAAUGUUAAUUCUCCUAAAGCAGUUAUUCUUAAAUGGAUAAUGUUUCGUGUCAUAUUAGUCAGUUCUGUUUCCCCAGUCAUUUUCCAUUUUAUUAACACCGAUGCUCUUCAGGCAGGCGCGUCACAGUUUGAGGCAAGUGCAGGGAAGUUAAAGAACAAAUAUUGGUGGAAAAAUAUGAAGAUGAAUAUCAUCAUUGGCGGUGUUGCUUUGGUACUCAUUAUUGCACUAGGAUGGUACAUAUUUGGUGGAAAGAAACAAGAAGCACCUCCUCCACCACCGGCAGCUUUACCUGCUCCAGGAACGCAUUCUGUAUCGAACCCUCCAGCUUCUAAGCAAGCACCGAAACAUGAGGCUUCCCAAAGACUUCGUCGUGAUGCUCCUCUUAUAGGGGGUAGAACUCCGUGAUCAGACAAGGGGAAAUUAGCUUUCAUAGAAUUGAAAUGUUACUUCAGUUUAUAGGUUUAUCCCUAAAUUUUAUUUUCACGUGGUUACAUGCGAAACUUCGACAUCUUAAAACCUUUUCUCAUCAUUUUAUUCUAUUAUGCAUCGUGUUGAUGAAUCUUUUGCUCGUUUGUCUAACUUGUGGCAUUUAUACAAGUCACCAAUUCGGUGUUUCAUGUGAUUUCCUUCCUUUAUAUGUUAAACUUCCUUUUGUCUGUAGCAUUUCGUUUUGCGUUAAUUUUGCCGUGUGAGUUGUAAAGCAUUUUCACUGUUGCUGGGCUGUGAAGCCGCAUCAAAACUUGCCCUCUAAUGUACGUCAAUUAUGUUUAUUUAUGUUAACACAAAUCACACAUUACCAUUCCGCUUCCCUCAAUUUUGCUCUUUUUUCGUAAAUUACAUACAAUGAAUGAAUACAUCUAUAUACAUAAAUACAAAUAUAUUUACG